AUGGUGGAACCUAGCAAAAUGACACCAACUGUGGAGACUUCUCUCCGAAAGAAGGUUAAAAGGGAGAUCAAUGCAACACAGGCUGGAGGCAAACAUAGAAACAAUCAGCUUCAGGGUAGCUUUGAUGUACAAAAAAGAAAUACAACUAUGGAGCAUAACAUUACUAGAGGAAAGGCUCAUCAUGAGGAGCCAGAUCCAACAAAUAUUAGAAAGAGAAUCCCCAAGGAUGAGAUAAAGAAGUUUUUUAUGUCCAAGGGGAAUAAGGUCAUUGAAGCAACAAUCAAAGGAAACAAUGUGAAAAAAACUGAAAAAAUUUGUAUUGCAAGGAAUAACUUGCUAGAGAUAUCUAUGAUAGCUUUCAUUGAUACCUUUCAAGGAAUCAUAUGCCCUGGUUAUGAUUAA